CCCACCUUACUCAUUUUCCUCCUCACACACAACCCGGAGAGUCGAGCCGUCACACACACAGAUCUGUAACCAUGAGGCUGAGCAUAAUGGGAGUUCUGCUGUGCGCUACGCUGGUUGCCUGUGUCAACGUCAUGCCUCAGAAAGACUUCAACCUGGAGAAGAUGGCUGGUAAGUGGUGGGCCGUGGGCUUUGCCACUAACGCCAAGUGGUUUAUGAACCGUAAGGCUAGUAUGAAGAUGGGAACUUCCAUGAUGCUGCCCACUGCCGGAGGUGACCUGGACAUCAACUGCGCCAACCAGAACGCUGAUGGCUCUUGCUGGAGGGUGACCCAUCUGGCCAAGAAGACUGACAUCCCAGGCCGCUUCACCUUCACCAGCCAGCGUUGGAACAAUGAAAAUGACAUGCGUGUGGUAGCUGUCCAGUAUGAUGACUUUGCUCUGAUCCACACCAUCAAGACCAAACACGGAGUAACUGACGUUCUCAACAAACUCUUCAGUCGCACUCCAGAGGUGAGCGCAGAUGUCCAGAAGAAGUUCUUGCAGUUCUCUCUGGAUACAGGAAUCCUCUCUGAGAACAUUGUUUUCCUGCCCAACAACGGUGAAUGUGCCGAGGCAUAAAUGUUCACUCAUCCCAUUCUCCCUCUGCUACUCUUCUACUGGCAUCUGUCUCCAUUUCACAUCCAAACUCUUUUCCUGGAAGAAGACUGAAGACUGCAAACCCCAGCCACCCCCUCCCCUGGCAGAACAAACCCCAGCCACCCCCUCCCCCGGCAGAACAAACCCCAGCCACCCCCUCCCUCGGCAGAACAAACCCCUUCACCUUUAAUCCCCACUACUUCCUAUAAACCACUGUACACAAGCUUUUUUUUACUGCAGAUUUCUCGUUUAAAUAAAUAAUCUUUAAAAACAUA